CGUUGAGGCUGCGUACUUUAAGGCUGCAGACCCUGAAUUGGGAGACAGCCCUUUUCUUUACUCUUCACUGCUUCUUCCGGUUUUCUCCUGCUCUCCACCUAUGUGGGCGUGGUCUUCGGAGCGUCCUAUUGUCUUUUCUUUUCUUGGCAAUGAAGACGUUGCUUUUUUCUCAAUUUCUUAAAAGAUACAAUAAUAGUUGACUGAACACGAACUGUGAUCACGUCCAUCAAUACGCAUCCACGCACUGCUGAGCCACCGCCUCUCAGAGGCGGAGCAACAUGCUUCAGCGUCAGAGUCCAGAAGUGAAACUCACAGUAAAGACAGCAAAACUUGUUUCUCUUCACAGGAGCGUCAAACUGAGCUCUACAGCCUUUCUGAGCAGCACAGCAGAGCGUCUUCCAACACGGAGUGCAGACAUGUCUGCUGCCAGCUGUCUUCUAUCUGAAGAUCAGUUUCUGUGCUCCAUCUGUCUGGAUGUCUUCACUGAUCCAGUCUCCACACCAUGUGGGCACAACUUCUGCAAAAACUGCAUCAGUAAAAACUGGGAUAUCAGCUACAGGUGUCAGUGUCCCAUGUGUAAAAAGGUGUUCAGGAUGAGACCUGAGCUGCACAUCAACACUUUCAUCUCUGAGAUGGUUUCUCAGUUCAGACAUGAAGCUCAGCAGAAAGUCAGCAGCUGCAGCUCAGAGCAACAAGCUGCCAAACCAGGAGAAGUUCCCUGUGACAUCUGCACUGGAACCAAACUGAAGGCCCUGAAGUCCUGUCUGGUGUGUCUGGUCUCCUACUGUCAGACUCACCUGGAGCCUCAUCUGACAGCUUCACGGCUGAAAAGACAUCAGCUGAUUGAUCCUGAGGAGAACCUGGAAAGCAGGAUGUGUAUGAAGCAUGAUAAACCUCUGGAGCUGUUCUGUAAGACCGAUCAGACAUGUGUCUGUAUGCUCUGCUGUGUUUUUGACCACAAGACUCAUGAGUUUGUUCCUCUGAGAGAAGAAUAUGAAGGAAAGAAGGCAGAGCUGGGGAAGACUGAGGCUGAAAUUCAACAGAUGAUCCAGAAGACAUGGCUGAAGAUUCAGGGGAUCAAAGAGUCAGUGAAGAUGAGUAAAGAUGCUGCAGACAGAAAGAAAGCAGAAGGUGUUCAGGUCUUCACUGCUCUGAAGGAGUCUGUUGACAGACGUCUGAACGAGCUCAUAAAGGAGAUUGAAGAUAAACAGGAAACAACAGAGAAACAGGCUGAAGGUUUCAUCAAAGAUCUGGAACAGGAAAUCUCUGAGCUGAUGAAGAGAAGCUCUGAGGUGGAGCAGCUCUCACGCUCUAAAGAUCACCUCCACCUCCUCCAAAGCUUCUCCUCUCUCAAAGCUGCUCUAACCACCAAGGACUGGAAAGAGGUCAGUAUCCAUCCACCAUCAUAUGAGGGGACUGUGGUGAGAGCUGUGGAUCAGCUGAAGGAAACACUCAAUGAAGAGUUUGAAGACUUGUUUGAUGCUGAGCUGAAGAGGGUCCAGCAGUAUGCAGUGGAUGUGAGUCUUGAUCCUGAUACAGCACAUCCUGAACUCGUUGUGUGUGACGAUGGAAAACAAGUACAACGUAGUGACAAUAGGAAGAAAUGUCCACACAACCCAGAGAGAUUUUCGAAGUUUGUUUGCGUUUUAGGAAAGCAGAGUUUCUCUUCAGGCAGAUUUUACUUUGAGGUUCAGAUUAAAUACAUGACCAAAUGGAUAUUAGGAGUGGUCAGAGAGUCAGUCAACAGGAAGGAAGCCAUCACACCGAGUCCUGAUGAAGGUUACUGGACUGUAGCGGAACAUAAAAACAUUUGUGUAGCUCUUGAUAAACCUCAAGUCUGUCUUUCUCUUCAGUCUGUUCCUGAGAAGGUGGGGGUGUUUGUGGAUUAUGAGGAGGGUCUGGUCUCCUUCCAUAAUGUAGAUCAUGCAACUCUUAUCUACUCCUUUACUGGCUGCUCCUUUAUGGAAAAACUCUGCCCACUCUUCUAUCCCGGUGUUAAUGAUGAUGGUAAAAACUCUGGACGUCUGAUCAUCUGUCCUGUGAUGGUGGGUGAUGGCAUCAGUGAUGAUGAUGAGGAUGAUGAUAACUGAUCAUCAGUCAGUCAGUCUGAUCUUUUUUCAUGAAGAGAUUGCAUCAAUUAAAGAUUAAUCGUAACAUUAAACCAACACAGAGAAGAAGUCCUAAGAACAGAACUGAGCAACUCAAACCUGCUGAUGAAAACCAUGAUAUUCAGUCAGAACCGGCAGGUCAAGUCAGCACGCUGAACUUUAAUUGAUUUGUUUGUUUUACUGUUUUCAACCUGAUAACAGUAUAACCCAUUUGUGUAAUUUCAGUUUGAAAAAGACCUUUCCUUAAUUUUCUUCCAGCAUUUUAAGGCACAGAUGUUGUGAAAUAUCAAACAACAGGAUUCAGAAACUCUUCUGCUGUUUUAAGGUGUGCACUUAAAUAAAAAUAAAAAAUAAAAAUCUGAA